AUGAACGAUGGCGAUGAGAUCAAUUUUCGCGAUGCUACUCUAAUUGGAAAUGGAGCCUUUGGAUGCGUAUAUCUCUUUCGGAAUCCAACGUUUGUGGUCAAAGUGAUGCAAUGUGAGGGAGACAGAUUUCAGCAGGCGACAAAACGCAAAUACUCUCAAGCUGAAGGCGAGAUUUUAAGGAAGUUAGAUCAUCCAAAUAUCAUUCGAUCAUUUCGAACCCUCGAGAUUCUUCAUCAUGAUCAAAUGUCUUUUGCGAUUGUGAUGGAAUUCUGUGAGCUGGGAUCAUUGGAUCAAAUCGUCUUUACACCAAAAUACAUUUACACAAUGAAAACGGUGGUUGAAUGGAGCACACAACUCUUCUCGGCUCUCAUUUAUUUACAUGAAAUGCAUCGUCUCACCCAUCGCGAUGUUAAGCCCGAAAACAUCCUUGUCACGGGCGAUUUCAUUCUAAAGCUCGCCGAUUUUGGGACAGCAAAGAAAAACGACAACACUCGCAUUGGAUCUUUUAUUGGAACGACUAGAUACAUGAGUCCAUCAAGAGAUCGGGAUAAUGUUGAUCCAUUUGAUAUGAGUCGAGCCGUGGGCUUGGAUCCUUUGCCAAAGGUGGUUGAUGAGCUAAGGCACCUUAUUCGGCCGAUCGGUUUCAACAAUCAACAGAAUCAAGUGGCGAUUGGUGAGGAGACAACCGGAAUGGCCAUGCUGCCACCCACAAUAUCAACCUUUGCUUUACCAACUUUUUGCCCCGAAGAAAAUACCGACGAAUCAUUCAAGAAAUUUGGUGUCGAUGAAUCGCUACCAAAAACUCGAAAUCAAAAGAAAAGCACCAGGCGUCUACGGCAACGAUUUGAUGGUCUCUUUAUCUUGGACAGGAAGCACUACAAGAUGAUUCGGAAUCUAGUGAUUCUGCUUUGUGUGCUGAUGCUGGUUGGAUCAAUUGUGAUCCGUGAAAUCCGUUCGACACCAAACGUGAACGAUGGGUCAAUGGCGCAACCACCCACUACAGGCAACGGGCUGCGACCACCGGCACCGCAAGUACCAUCAUCUACGAUCCAGCCAACACCACCGCCAACACCAGGACCAACCCUGCCCUCAAAUUUCCCGCCUAUAAGAACUGAACCUCCAAGUCAAAUCACCACAAUCACUGAUGAAGAAGGGACAGAGCCACUCAUCUUCUCGCAAAAGAUCCAUCGUAACUCGGACGGUGAGUGCUUUGAGUACUCGUGUCUGGGUUGCCCGGGUGGUGGUUGUUGUAACGUGCUUGUAAACCCUUGCCCGAUGAGCAACGUACUUUUCAAUCCCGGCAAUAACCCAAUAAUCUACAAAAACUCGAAUGGUGAUUGCUAUCGGAAAUUUUGCAAUGGGCGUCCAAGUGCAUUAUGCGAUCGACCUAUUGUUUUAUGCAUCGAUGCGGCAAUCUACGUUGGCAGAAGGAGAUCUCGUUCAUUUCGAUCAGUCUACUCUAUCCAUGAU